AUGCAACAGUUUUUAACUUUGGGUGCACUUUGGACUUUGUUCAAUGUCGCUACCACAAUUUCGCUUCCAAAAUACUCCUCUUCACAAACUUAUUUUGCUCAAUCUGAUCCUAACAUUCCUGUUUCUCAAGUAGAUGACACGAACAAUUUCGGUUUGAAAAGUCAAUAUUCUUGGGAUGACGUUGUUAGCAAUUUAGCAUCAAAUGAAAAAUUGUUCUUCUUGCAAAGACAUGGUCAAGGAUGGCAUAAUGUGGCACCAAGCAAUUUUUCUCGUGUUGACUGGAACUGUUAUUGGGCCGAGCAAUCAGGCCGUGAUGGAGUUGUGUGGGAAGACGCUGAGUUAACUCCUAAAGGUGUUCAACAAAUUCAAAACCUUCAUCAAAGAAUUAAAGAUACUCCGGAUUUUCCUCAACCAGAGAAAUUUUUUGUUAGUCCAUUAAGAAGAACUUUACAAACCUGGAAUAUUACUUGGAAUGGAUUGCCCCAUAAAACUCCUUUGAUUAAAGAGUUUGCACGUGAAAUUUAUGGAAUUGAUUCUGAAAGUAAACGUCAUAAUAAAACUUUUAUUCAUAACUAUGUUCCUAGUUUUGAAUUUGAAUCCGGUUUCACUGAACAAGAUGAGAAUUGGUCACCAGAUAAAUCAGAAAGUGAUCAACAUUGUGACUACCGUGCUGCCGUUUUAUUACAAGAUAUUUUUAAUGAUUCACCUGAUGAAAAAGUUAUUAGUGUUGUGUUACACUCAGGUAUCAUCUAUUGUUUGUUAGAUGUUGUCGGUCAUCGGUACUUUCCCAUGGCUACUGGUGGUGCUAUUCCGGUAGUAAUUGCAAUUGAAAACUACAACACUGAUUAUCCGUUGAAUGAUGCUUGGGAUACUUUCAAAGAUUGGUGUCCCAACCCACCAGCUCUGAUUUCUGGAACUGCCACAUCUACUGCUACAGGGUCAGCUUAG